GGCAAGAUGACCGGUCGUGGAAAGGGAGGAAAGGGAUUGGGAAAGGGAGGAGCGAAGCGGCAUAGGAAGGUCUUGCGAGACAACAUCCAGGGUAUCACAAAGCCCGCAAUUCGUCGUCUGGCUCGUCGUGGCGGAGUGAAGAGAAUCUCCGGUCUGAUUUACGAGGAGACUCGUGGUGUCCUCAAGGUAUUUCUUGAGAACGUCAUUCGUGACGCUGUGACGUACACCGAGCACGCCAAGAGAAAGACCGUAACCGCCAUGGAUGUCGUCUACGCCUUGAAACGACAAGGCCGUACCCUGUACGGUUUUGGGGGUUAAAAUACGUCGUCCUCCUGCUCAGCAAACAACCGGCCCUUCUCAGGGCCAACAAUAUUUAUCUGAUGCAAAG